ACAAUCCUGGGACAAGAUGGCUGGAUCUUUCUUUUCUGACUUUGGCAUGCUGUGGUACCUAAAGGAGCUCAGAAAGGAAGAGUUCUGGAAGUUUAAGGAGCUCCUCAAGCAAGAGCCUGUGAAACUCAAACUCAAGCCCAUCCGGUGGUCUGAGCUGAAGAAGGCUUCGCGAGAGGAUGUAGCAGCGUUGCUGGACAAGCAUUACCCAGGAAAGCAGGCAUGGGAGGUCAUGCUGAGCCUGCUCCUACAGGUCAAUCGGAGUGACCUCUCAGCCAAGGCUCAGGAUGAAAUCAGAAAUAAGUUCAACCCAUAUAGAAGUCACAUGAAGGAAAAAUUCCGUCGCGUGUGGGAAAAGGAAACCUGCCUCCCAGUGCCCGAUGAGUUCUACAAAAGCUCCGUAAAAAGGGAAUACGAACUACUGAGCGAUGCGUACACGGCCGGCGAGGCCGGGGAGCCCUCGGGCACCGUGGUCCUGCAUGGCAAGGGAGGCAUGGGAAAGACAACGCUUCUGAGGAGAAUGAUGUUAGAAUGGGCAGAGGGCAACUUAUGGAAGGGCAGGUUCACGUUUGUCUUCUUCCUCAGCGUCUCUGAGAUGAACAGUAUCGCAGAGACGAGCCUGGUGCAGCUCCUCUCUGGGGACUGGCCCGUGUCCUCAGAGCCCAUCGAGGACAUCUUCUCCCAGCCGCAGAGAAUCCUCUUCCUGAUGGAUGGCUUCGAGGAGCUGAAAUUUCACGUGGACCUUGACAACCUGUGCAGUGACUGGAGGCAGCGGCAGCCAACGCCGGUUGUCCUGGGCAGUCUGCUGCGGAGGAGGGUGCUCCCCGAGUCUUCUCUGCUGCUCGCGCUGGGCAUGACGGGGAUGAGAAAAUAUUUCUACUUGUUGCAGUAUCCGCAGUACAUAGUGCUGCAAGGGCUCUCUGCACACGCAAGGAAGCAGUAUUUCUCCCACUUCUUCAGGGAGAAGCAGCAGGUCGCCAGGGCCUUCAGCUUCGUGAGAGACCAGCCCCGGCUGUUCCUGCUAUGCCAGUACCCCCUCGGGUGCUGGCUGGUGUGCUCGUGCCUGAAGGGGCAGCUGGAGAGAGGGGAGCACCUCGCCAUAGCCUCCGUGAGCAGCACUGCUCUGUACUCCUCCUUCUUCAUCAGCGCGCUCAGAUCAGGGCUUCAGAACUACACGCCGCGGCAGGGCAGGGCCCGGCUCAAGGGCCUGUGCGCCUUGGCCGCAGAAGGCAUCUGGACAGACACGCUCGCGUUUCAGCUCGGGCACCUCCAGAGGAACGGGGUCUCGGAACCCGACGCCUCGAUGUGGGCCGACAUGGGGCUGCUGCGAAGGAACGGGGACCGGUUCGCCUUCCCCCACGUGUGCGUCCAGGCGUUUUGUGCCGCUCUGUGGUAUCUGCUGAGGUGGCCCGAGGACCUGCCUCACCCGGCCAUCCGAGGUGUGGCCCAGCUCACCGAGGCGAUGGUGACGCUGGCCCCGACCUACCUGCAGCAGGCGGGGCUCUUCCUGUUUGGGCUGUCGGGGGCCACAAUGACCUCCAUGUUGGAGACCACCUUCGCUUUCCCUCUGUCCAGGGAGAUCCAGCUGGAAAUAGCCGAGAGCCUUCAGCGUUUGAGUCAGGGCGAGGACAGUCAGGUCGUGGUGAGAUUUCCGGAGCUGUUCAACAGUUUAUUUGAGACCCAGGACAACAGAUUUACAGCACAGGUGAUGAAUUUCUUCGAAGACGUUAACAUGUACAUCAGCAACAUGGACGAUCUGAUAGUAUCGGCUUUCUGCCUCAAACAUGCGCACAGUUUGCAGCAGCUUCACCUGACGGUAGAAUAUGUGUUUUCCGACGACCCCGGACCCAGCUUACAGUAAUGUCUGUCCCCUCACAAUAACAGCCAGAAACUGUCCUACUGGCGGGACAUCUGCUCAGUGUUCACCACCAGCAGGGACUUUCAGAUCCUGGACAUGGAAAACUGCAUUUUCAACGACGCCUCCCACACGAUCCUCUGGAAAGCCCUCGCUCAGCCCGCUUGCAAACUGCAGAAGUUGGUGUAUAUGUAUGCUUCCAACAUUGGAAAUGAUGUAGACUUCUUCAAGGCCAUUCUUCACAACCCGCACCUGACAUACCUGAACCUGCAUGGCACCAACCUGUCCCGUGCGGAAGUCAGGAAGCUGUGCGAGACGCUGAAACACCCCAUGUGCAACAUACAACAGCUGAUGUUGGGGAAGUGCGACAUCACCAAGGAGGGCUGCGCAGAUAUCGCCUCUGUCCUGGUCUGCAACCAGAAGCUGAAGCUGCUCUCCUUGGUGGAGAACCCGCUGACGGACAACGGCGCCCGGGCGCUGUGCGACGCCCUCGGCCACCGGGCCUGCGGCCUGGAGACGCUGCUAUUGAAGUUCUGUUGCCUCACCUCUGUCUCGUGCGACUACAUCUCCCAAGCCCUUUUGUUCAACAAAUCCCUGACCCUUCUGGAUCUGGGCUCCAAUACCCUGGAAGACGAGGGCGUGGUGUAUUUCUGUAGCAUACUGAGGUACCCAAGCUGCAUCUUACAGCAGUUGUGGUAGGUCUUGGCAAGUUGUUACCUCACUCCUGCCUGCUGUGAGGCCCUCUCCAACCUCCUUAUUAGCCACACAAACCUGAAAACCCUGAAACUGAAGGACAAUAGAAUAGAAGAUGCUGGCGUCAGAAAGCUGUGUGCCGCUUUGAGGCAUCCCAACUGUAAACUGGAGAGUCUUGGGCUGGACAUGUGCGACCUCACCGCUGCCUGUUGCGAGGACCUGGCCUCGGCACUCCUUGCCUGCAAGACCCUGAAGGCCCUGAACCUGGACGGGAACAGCCUGGACCACGACGGGGUGGAGGUGCUGUGUGAAGCGCUGAGCCACCCGGACUGUGCCUUGCAGCUGCUCGGGCUCGACAAGUACGCGUUUGACGGGGAAACUCAGCUGCUGCUGAGAGCUGUGGAGGAGAAAAAACCCCACCUGAGCAUUUUACACCAACCUUGGGAGACUGAAGAGGGCAGGAUGGAAGGCGUGCUCAUCUGA